AUGGAAAACCAAAAAACUGCUUUGGACUCAAGUUAUAAUCACAGCAGCAACAUCAGCUACCCUGUCUAUGACAUAAAUGGUAAUGGUCGUAGCCAUUGGGUUAUCAAAGAAGACCUGUUCUGCUGGCUUCAUAAAAAUGAGAGAGGAGAUUUAUUGUCAAAGAUUGUCAUCGGCAUCUUUUUCCCCAUGUCCCUGCUGGCCAUCUACAGUCUUUACUCCCAGAUACGAAGUGAACGUUUUGUUCCAGUUUUCAUCAUCAACCUUCUAAUCUCAGACGUCCUUCAGGUCACCUGCAUGGCUGUAAACCUUACAUUUGAAGAGCAGCCCAGGCACAUUUAUGCUACUUAUUAUGGUUUUAUUGGGGCCAGCCUUUUCUUCAUGACCCUCAUUGCCCUGGAAAGGUAUCUGAUGAUUGCCCACCCGAUGUGGUACAGAUUCAACAAAACAACUAAAGUCUCUGUUUUAGUCUCUGUCGUCACCUGGAUAUUUUCAAUAUUAUUGGGCUUUGCUAUUGGUACAAAUAUUGGAUCCAGUUUGCUAAUUCCCUUCCCUUUCAUGAUAUUCUCGCUUGUUGGGACCUUCAGAGCUCUGUCUACAGCUCAGGCCGUACCAGCUGCUGAAAAGAGACGGAUU